AUGCUCCAGGCCAAACCAGCAUACCACCGGGGACACUUCCGAGGGGAGGGGGUGGGGUGCGCGCCUCGCUCACGGGCUGUGGCGCUGUGUGCUCGGCAGGUGGAGAACUCGAAGGUGUCGGCGGAGUACGGCGCGCCCCCCAUCGUGGUCUACGAGAAGAGAGACGCGCGCUGGACGCUGAAGGACAAGCACCAGAUCAUGCUGCGGCACUGGGAGCAGACGCGCGCCGUCGCCGAGGAGCUGCGGGCGGACAGGGCCCAGGCGCUGCUGGUGGACUUCGACAGCCACCUGGACGACCUGCGCCGCGACUGGACCAACCCGGAGCUCAACGCCAGGAUCGCCGAGCUCCGCGCGCCGGCCGGCGCCGGCCUCUGAGCGGGGGCGGGAGUCCGGGGGGAGAUCAAGCGGCAUGCUGGGGCGCAGAAGCAGCGGGUUCCCUCCUCUCCCCCCCCCAGAGAGGCCAGUGGGUUCUCUCUGCAGGGCGGGGCAGGGGUCAGAGUUCACGGCCCGAGUUCUGCGCUCUGCAUGCCCCUCGCAAGCGGGGCUACAGCCUGCUGUUCGGCCUCCUCCGCCAGUUAACGCCCCCAAACAGAGAGAGACUGGGGGGGAGGGUCUCCUCCGGGCUGUGGGCGAGCAGGGGGAGAAUCUGUGUCUGGGGGUGGGGCAGAGUUCUCUUGUGCCAGGAGGGAGGAGGUCAGGGCACAGUGGGGGAGGUGUUGGGAAUGUGGGAAAGUGGGGUGUGGGCUGUAGAGAUGCUUUGUGAAUGUCCUGUUUCAAGACGAUAAUAAAGCAAAGCGACUCAACACCUGGGCUGAGCUGCUGGAGGACAA